AUGGAAAAGGGUGCACAAAAACCACGACGGCCGAAUUUUACUCAGCAAGAUUGCCUCCUCCUUGCUCAGGUCAUGGGGGAAGAACAUCCUGGACUGAAGAUGUCUUUCAACAGUGUUGUAAAACAUCGAUUUACAAAUGGAAUUACCAGUCAGACCAAGAAAACUUGCUGGAAAAUGAUCCAGGCCAAGUUCAAUGCGUCUGGAUCUGAGCAACGAGAUGCAGACCACUUGGAAAAAAAGUGGGACAAUCUGUGCGCGCUGCACAGGUCCAUCUAUGCUGACCACCAAAGGUCACUGGCCAUGACAGGGAUGGGACCAGUGCCUUCAAAAUACAGCCUCAUCACAGAGGCUGUGAUGGAUGUUGUUGGCAGGAGUACUGCCUCUGUUGUUGGAGCCGCAACUAUGGCUACUGACAGCACCUUCAACAUGCUUAUCAGUCAAGGAACAGAGGUUGUCACAGAGGUAAACCAUUCCCCCACGGCCUCUUUGGCGCAAGCAAGGGACUCUUCAAGUAUUGAACAACCAGUGUUCAUAGUUCUAGCCCCUGCCCUGACACCAUCUCAAGGCCCUGUAAAGAGAAAGAACUGUUGCUGUGAUUGCCACACUGAGGUGUAG